AUGACAAUCCCAGUUAUCGAGAUGCUCUUUGUUUUGGAAGACAUCCAACCACCCAAUGACAUGUGCCUGCGAGUGAAUCCCAAGGGCCUGGACGAGGAGAGCAAGGACUACUUGUCCCUCUACCUGCUCCUGGUGUCGUGCAACAAGACGGAAGUGCGGGCCAAGUUCAAGUUCUCCAUCCUGAACGCCAAGCGCGAGGAGACGAAGGCGAUGGAGAGCCAGCGGGCGUAUCGGUUCGUGCAGGGCAAGGACUGGGGCUUCAAGAAGUUCAUUCGCCGCGACUUCCUGUUUGACGAGGCCAACGGGCUCUUGCCUGACGAUAAGCUCACUCUGUACUGCGAGGUGAGCGUGGUGGCGGACAGUGUGAACAUUUCCGGCCAGUCGAACGCGGUUCAGUUCAAGGUGCCACCGUGCCUGCGAGUGAAUCCCAAGGGCCUGGACGAGGAGAGCAAGGACUACUUGUCCCUCUACCUGCUCCUGGUGUCGUGCAACAAGACGGAAGUGCGGGCCAAGUUCAAGUUCUCCAUCCUGAACGCCAAGCGCGAGGAGACGAAGGCGAUGGAGAGCCAGCGGGCGUAUCGGUUCGUGCAGGGCAAGGACUGGGGCUUCAAGAAGUUCAUUCGCCGCGACUUCCUGUUUGACGAGGCCAACGGGCUCUUGCCUGACGAUAAGCUCACUCUGUACUGCGAGGUGAGCGUGGUGGCGGACAGUGUGAACAUUUCCGGCCAGUCGAACGCGGUUCAGUUCAAGGUGCCCGAGUGUCGGCUGGCGGACGAUUUGGGCGGCCUUUUCGACACGCAGCGGUUCUCUGACGUUACUCUGUAUGUCGGCGGUCGGGAGUUCCUCGCCCACAAGGCUAUUCUAGCUGCCCGGAGUCCCGUGUUCGCGGCCAUGUUCGAGCACGAGAUGGAGGAGCGGAAACACAACCGGGUGGAGAUCACGGACAUGGACCACGACGUGUUCAAGGAGAUGCUGCGCUACGUGUACACUGGUCGGGCGGCGAACUUGGACCGGAUGGCGGACGACCUCUUGGCGGCGGCCGACAAGUACGCCCUCGACCGCCUCAAGGUCAUGUGCGAAGAGGCCCUGUCCUCGUCCCUUUCCGUCGACAAUGCUGCCGACGUCCUCAUCCUGGCCGAUCUCCACUCUGCCGAGCAGCUUCGGGCCCAGAGCAUCGAGUUUAUCAACUCGCACGCCACCGACGUCAUGGACACCCACGGCUGGAAGUCCAUGAUCAAGUCGCACCCGCACCUCAUUGCCGAGGCCUUCCGGGCCCUGGCCACCCAGCAGGCCCCGCCGAUUGGCCCGCCGAGGAAGAAGAUCCGCUCCAGCUAA